AUGAAGCUCCUCACCACCCUCGCCCUCUUUUAUACCGCCCUACUUGCCCACGCAGUCAGCAUCCCCGCCGACCUGGCCUUCCCGCUCAAGUCCCGCGAAACUUGCAGUAGCCCGCCUGGCGAGAAUGGAUGUGGCUAUGGUAGAGAGUGUGGCGACGGCCCCGGCUAUACCUGCAGUCCUGCGGGUCAGAUUGUAGCCAUCGCCUGCUGUGGGCCGAACGGGUGCAAGCGUAUUAACGAGCAACCUUACUGCGUCUAA